AUGUCUACCACUGGAGCACAGCAAGUCCUCUUCCGCACCGGGAUUGCCGCGGUCAAUUCAAUUAACCGUCUCCGUUUUUACUUCCAGGAUGUCUAUGGCAGUAUUCGCGAGAGUCUCUACGAGGGUAGCUGGGCCAACGGCACCGAAAAUAAUGUCAUCGGCAAGGCUAAGCUCGGCAGCCCUGUGGCCGCCACUUCCAAGGAGCUGAACAACGAAACACCCUCCAGGAGUUUGCCUACGACUCCGGAAGCGGAUGGUACAACGGCGGGCUGGGCGGUGCAAAGUUCCAAGUUGCACCCUACUCUCGCAUUGCUGCCGUGUUCCUGGCGGGAACAGAUGCAUUGCAAUUGCGGAUCUACGCCCAGAAGUCAGAUAACACAAUCCAGGAGUAUAUGUGGAACGGCGACGGCUGGAAGGAGGGCACCAACCUGGGAGGUGCGCUCCCCGGCACUGGUAUCGGAGCCACCCUCCUUCCGCUAUACUGACUACAAUGGCCCAAGCAUCCGGAUCUGGUUCCAAACUGACGACCUCAAACUCGUCCAAAGAGCCUACGACCCGCGCAAAGGCUGGUACCCGAACCUCCACACCAUCUUUGACAAGGCACCUCCACGUACGGCCAUUGCAGCCACCAGCUUUGGAGCCGGCAACAGUUCCAUCUACAUGCGUAUCUAUUUUGUCAACUCGGACAACACUAUUUGGCAGGUCUGCUGGGACCACGGCAAGGGUUAUCACGACACGCGAACCAUCACCCCAGUCAUCCAGGGCUCGGAGGUCGCUAUUAUCAGCUGGGGCAGUUUCGCCAAUAACGGGCCGGAUCUCCAUCUGUACUUUCAGAAUGGAACUUACGUUAGCGCUGUGAGCGAGUGGGUUUGGACACAAGCGCAUGGGUCGCAGUUGGGAAAGAAUGCUCUUCCUCCUGCUUAA